CAGCAUGCGCACUCACAGGACAGCUUUCUGAAGUCUGGGUCCCAACUCUUAGGACAAGCAGUCUCUCGUAAAUCUUCUUCACUCUCCCUUUCUAACCGAAGAGUAAGCAUGGCCUUCGCUGGACUUCUAAAAGACGAAGAUAUCGCUGCUGCAAUCAAGAAUUGCCAAGCCGCUGAUUCUUUCAACCACAAGACCUUCUUCUCUCAGGUCGGCCUGGCCAACAAGUCUGCAGCCGACGUAGCAAAAGUCUUCAAGAUCCUGGACCAGGACCACAGCGGCUUCAUUGAGGAGGAUGAGCUUAAGCUGUUCCUCCAGAACUUCCAGUCCAGUGCUCGAGCUCUAACUGAUGCCGAGACUAAAACCUUCCUGGCUGCAGGCGAUUCAGACGGUGACGGCAAAAUCGGAGUAGAAGAGUUCCAGGCCUUGGUGAAGUAAACUUGCCCGCUGCCCGACUGACACUUUCUAAGACUGAAGACCCCUAUUUAUUUAUUUAUUGACUAAUUGACGAAUUGUGCUUUUUUGUACAUUAAAUGACAUUUGUAAAUGUCGCUGCUUAUUGUUUACAAUGCAAAUAAAUGAAU